CCCCCCGCGCCGAAAAUUCGGCUGCCGUACAACAUGGCGGCCCUGUGGCGAGCGUGUCGGCGGCGCUUCCUACGCCAGCUCGGGCUUUGCCGUACAGGGCGGGCCUUUUCCGCAGGGGAGAAUGAGUAUGACCUGUUAGUCAUUGGAGGAGGAUCGGGUGGCCUUGCUUGUGCGAAAGAAGCUUCUCAGUUUGGGAAGAAGGUGGCCGUGUUAGAUUAUGUGGACCCCUCUCCGAAAGGAACCAAAUGGGGGCUCGGAGGUACCUGCGUGAAUGUUGGGUGCAUCCCUAAAAAACUUAUGCACCAUGCGGCCCUUCUGGGAGGUUCCCUCAAAGACGCCCAGCGUUACGGCUGGAAUAUAUCCCAUCCUGUCAACCAUGACUGGACCACUAUGGCGAAAGCUGUCCAAAACCACGUUAAAUCCUUGAACUGGGGCCACAGAGUUCAGCUGCAAGACAAAAAAGUGAAAUAUUUCAACCUGAAAGGCAGCUUUUUAGAUGCGCACACGGUCUGCGGCUUGGCAAAAGGAGGCAAAGAGAUUCUGCUCAGAGCGGAAAACAUUGUCCUCGCCACUGGUGGAAGACCUAACUACCCUGCACAUAUUCCAGGAGCCCGGGAGUACGGGAUUACAAGCGAUGACCUUUUCUGGCUGAAAAAAUCUCCCAGAAAGACGUUGGUUGUGGGAGCCAGUUAUGUUUCCCUCGAGUGCGCCGGCUUUCUCACGGGCCUCGGAUUGGACACCACUGUAAUGAUGAGAAGCAUUCCCUUGCGGGGGUUUGACCAGCAAAUGGCUAACCUCGUAACAGAUUACAUGGAAACCUAUGGGACAAGAUUUCUUAAGAAAUGCAGCCCAAUGAAGGUGAAGAAGACGGACAACGGCAGAUUGAGGGUGACGUGGAAAUACGCUGAUUCCGGCAAAGAAAAAUCUGAUGAAUUUGACACCGUAAUGUGGGCAGUAGGCCGAGCCCCUGAUACCAGAACGCUUAAUUUGGAGGUAGCCGGAGUGAAAAUAAACGCGGAGACGGGAAAGAUCCUUGUUGAUGCAAGAGAAGCCACUUCAGUUCCCCACAUUUAUGCGAUCGGAGACAUAACAGAGGGUCGCCCAGAGCUAACACCGACAGCGAUCGCCGCAGGGAAAUGUCUGGCUCGCCGGUUGUUUGGCCAAUCUGCAGAAUUGAUGGAUUACGAUAAUGUGCCCACAACCGUUUUCACUCCCCUGGAAUACGGCUGUGUCGGACUCUCGGAAGAAACGGCUGUGGACCGAUUCGGAGCGGAUAAUAUAGAGGUCUACCACGCCUUUUAUAAACCCCUGGAAUUCACUGUGGCCGAAAGAGAGGCCUCUCAAUGUUACAUAAAAAUGGUGUGCCUGCUCAAGAAGGAGCAGCAAAUCCUGGGCCUCCAUUUCAUCGGUCCAAACGCCGGCGAAGUUAUUCAAGGAUUUGCCCUUGGAAUCAAAUGCGGUGCUACUUAUUCGCAGAUGAUGAAGACCGUCGGGAUUCACCCUACGUGUGCGGAGGAAAUCACCAAGCUUCACAUCACGAAGCGAUCCGGCUCGGAUCCAACCGUCACCGGUUGCUGAGGUUAAGAGCCAUCCCUGGAUCGACAACGGAAAGAGCACGUGACAGAAGUGGUCCAACAGCUCAAGGAGGAAAGAGCAGACGUUUAGGUUUGUGAUUGCCGUUUCAAUU